AAAUAAAUAAAUAUUUAAGUUUAUUACAUAAACAAACGCUAGCGAAAGUAAACCCUCAAUUUAAACACUCUUGCGCUCGGACAUAUAGCAAUUUCAUCAGCAAUGGGCAGCAACACAUCCAAGGGAGUCGAAGUCGCUCAGGCCGCUGCAUCAGAGCCAGUUGUCGCGACUGGCGGUGCUUCCGGUGCCGCCACUGCUGCCAAGCCCAAGUGCAAGGCCUGCUGCGCCUGUCCCGAGACCAAGCGGGCGCGUGACCAGUGCAUGGUGGAGCGCGGCGAGGAGAACUGCACGGCACUGAUAGAGGCGCACAAGCAGUGCAUGCGGGAUGCCGGCUUUAACAUCUAAGCGGCUACAGCUGCAGCCCCAGCCCCCUGUUUGUUUCUGUUGUAUCUCAUGAUAAUUAUUAUAGUCGUAACUUAAUUGAAAG